AUGGAUGACCUCAGUGAUUCCUGUCUGUCUGUGGCUGUCAGCGUUAACUUGUUUAACGAUCAUUUUCACAAUCACAGCACUAUGGCUCGUGGGCAUCAAAAACUCCAGUCUCAGCAAAAAAAUGCCAAGAAGCAGGCUGAGAUGAAGAAGGCAAAGGGACACGACCAGAAGACAGCCGCAAAAGCAGCUCUCGUUUUCAGCUGCAGUGUAUGCAAGUCCCAGAUGCCAGACCCCAAAACAUUCAAGCAACAUUUUGAAAGCAAGCACCCGAAGUCCCCUUUGCCCCCAGAACUGGAAGGAGGAAACCCCGUGGAAGAGCGGGAGCGACCAUCAGCUGUACCAUCAGGAAGAGACGAUUUCUGCGUUUUAAGGACCUCACAGCAAGCAAGAAUGAGCGAGAAGGAAGAUUUAGUGAGUCGAGCCAAACUAGCCGAGCAGGCUGAACGCUAUGAAGACAUGGUAAAGUUCAUGACAACAGUUACGCAGGAGGCCAAGGAGACUCUCAGUGUGGAGGAUCGUAACCUGCUGUCUGUAGCCUACAAGAAUGUUGUGGGGGCCAAGAGGUCUGCCUGGAGAGUGUUGUUCAACCUAGAGAAGAGGUCUGACGCUAAAGCUGCUGCGCUGGCAAAGUCCUACAGAGAGGAGAUUGAAAAGGAGCUGAAUGAAACAUGUACAAAUGUGGUGGAGUUGCUUGAUAAAUACUUGAUUAAGGAUUCUGAGGACGGCUCAAAAGAGGCCGCAGUUUUUUACCUGAAGAUGAAAGGAGAUUACUACCGUUAUCAAGCUGAGGUGGCUUCUGGGGACGAGAGGCAAAAGGUCAUCAAAGACUCUGAAAUGGCUUAUAAAAAGGCCUUGGAGAUCAGCGAGGACAUGGGCACUACACAUCCCAUUCGACUAGGCCUUGCUCUUAACUUUUCUGUCUUCUAUUAUGAGAUUGUUAAUGACCAGAAGGAGGCCUGCAAAUUGGCCAAAAAGGCUUUUGAUGACGCCAUUGCAGACCUGGACAAAUCCACAGAGGAAUCCUACAAGGACAGCACCUUAAUCAUGCAACUGCUCCGUGACAAUCUGACAUUGUGGACUUCUGCUGAUGAAGUUGAGGCUGAGGGUGAGGCUGAGGGUGAAGAGGCCCAGCAAGAACAAUGA